CACGCUCCGGUCAGCCUCGCCUCCUUUCUCCGUCUCAUUCCCCCAAUCCCACGCCAGUCCCGCAGGAAUCCCCACCCAAAUUCCCGUCUCCCCGAUCGCCGCCCUUCUCGGUGCCCGUAAACCCUACCCCCGGAGUCGCCCGUGCGCUGUCGUGCCCGCGUUGCCACCGUCGGUGGUCCGCGGCGCCCGUAACCAAAACCUAACCGCAGCCUGCAGAUCCCGAUUCCGCAGGGAGGCGGGAGAGGUGAAGGCCGCCUCGCCGCAGAUGGAGCCCGCGGGCGCGCGCAAGGAGUGGCGCGCCGUCCCCGGCUCCUCGCUCCGCUCCAAUGGCGCCGAGGAUGCCGCGGAGCACGGGAAGCUGGGGCAGUCGGAGGACCGAGCUAUCUACGAGGAAGGGGCGGGUGGACUGGAGGACUUCUGCGCCAUCACCAUUGAUGGGAGCGGAGGGCUCAGCGAGGACAUCCUGCAGCAGCGCCUGCAGAGCGUUGUGCGGCAAAGGGAGCAGCUGCAGCAGGUCGAGAUGGAGCUGCGUGCGCAGGCCAUUGCACACCCGCAGAUCAUUCAGGCGCAACAAAGCUUCCAGGCUACUUCCAAGGAACAUGCCGCAGCUGUGGCCAAGAUCAAGCAGGAGCAACUGCAUGAGCGGGAGCAAUACAUUCUUGAACUAGAAAUGAAACUCAAUGACAAGGAUAGAGAACUAAAUGCUCUGAAGAUUGAUCAUCAAACGGUGUGGGCAAAUCAAGAUCUUAUUAGAGAACAGACCAAAGAGCUGGCAACUGUCAGAAGGGAACGCGACAACUCUGAAGCUGAAAGAGCCCAACAUCUUACACAAAUUCAUGAGCUCCAAGAACAUCUGCGAGAAAAAGAAAGCCAGUUCAUUGCAUUAGAGGAACAGCAUAGGGCUGCUCAAGACAACAUUCUUUACAAAGAUGAGCAGUUGAGGGAAGCCCAUGCUUGGGUAUCUCAAGUUCGAGAAAUGGAUGCUUUGCAGUCUCAAUCCCUACAAGUUGAGUUACGUGAGCGCAUGGAGCAAUUUAAUCAAUAUUGGAUUAGCUCCCAGCAGCAGUAUGCUGAAAUGCAGCGGAGUCUUCUCCAUACAAUACAACAACUCCAGCAAGAAUUAACUGAGGCAAGGGAACAGUCUGGUGCACAAAAAGAUGGUCCACAAGUUUCUCGGGAAGGGUCAGCUGAAUCAUCACUAGUUCAAAGCAUGGGAAACAGCGUGGCUUCAAAUGGUAGUGCAACUGCAGAUGGGAACCAGCAAUUGUUGAAAAAUAAUGGAAGCGUGGAUGUCUCUGUUCAGGCCAAUAGUGCCUCAGCUGUACCUGUUCCUUCUUCCCUACUGGGAAUCGGUGGUCCGGCUGCGCAUAUCGCUGCGAUGCAUGCUUUUAUGAUUCAUCCUCAAGGCAUUCCUCAACCCUUAGUAGCAUCACCCAACUCUGGUGUUCCUCAAUUUGGCAGUUUUCAGUCUCAGUCUACAAUUCAACCAAAUUCACAAUGGCCAAAUCAGCAGGAAGUACAAAAUGUCUCACAACCACAAGAUGAAACAAACUAUCAGACAUCCCAAUCAGACCGGACUGUUUUACAACAAGGCGCUAUUAAUACUGAUGAGUUGUCCUCAAAGCCAAGCCAGGAUAGUCAGCCAGACCAUCUUAAUGCCCAUGUGAAACAACAGCAGAGCCCUGCAAGUGCACCUACUGAAUCAACUCAUGAACUUACUGUUGUUGAAGCGAAUGUAGCUGAACAUGUAUCUUGUGACGAACAACAAAAAAUCUUAAACGAACAGGAUUCACUGUCAAAUAUGAACAACCAUAUUGGAAUAGUUGAGCAUCUAGAGCAAAAUACCGAAUCCAAGGUUUCUAUGGAUGAAAGAGCUGCAUCUGAUAAGCAACCUGAACCUGUAUCUAGGCAGCAUAAACAUUUGAACUUUCCUCCGUUCACUACCCAGAUUCACUUGAAAAAGAGUGCAACAGAGAAUCCUAAUGUUGUAAAUCAGGUUGAUAUAAUGAAAUCAGUUGCAGGUGGUUUUAGUUCGCAGUUACCUCGUGCACCAAAGGAACCUUCUCUCCUAGAUGAGAGAUCUCUAUUGGCUUGCAUUGUACGUGCAGUUCCUGCUGGGACUGAGGGUGGAAUCAGGAUAAGUUCAACUCUGCCAAAUAGGCUUGGGAAAAUGUUGGCUCCCCUUCACUGGCAUGACUAUAAGAAGCAAUACGGGAAGCUCGACGAUUUUGUGGCUAGUCAUCCAGAGCUGUUUGUGAUUGAGGGAGACUUCAUUCACCUUCGUGAUGGAGCACAGCAGAUUAUUUCUGCCACUACAGCUGCUGCAAAAAUAGCUGCUGCGACAGCAUCUUCUGCCUCUUACUCAUCCUUACUGCCUUCUGUUGCCGUUACUCCUGUGGCACAAAAUACUCGGCAAAAGAGGAGGCCCGCAGUUGAUUCCAGAUCAUCAAAUGCAAUUCCCUCUGGAAACGGCUUCACAGAUCAAUUUAACAUCAUUCAGGGUGUCAGCGACGUAACAAUUUCAGGCAAAGUAAGAAAUAUCCAAGAUAAUGGCUUCAUAGAUGAAGUUCGCACUGGGCAGCCAUCCGUGCUCACAGCUGCUACUGCCAACGGAGCAAGACAUGACAAAUGUGCAAAUAAUACCAGACAUGGUUAUGGUGGAAAACAACAGGGGAGGACCACUGGGACGACAUACCUUUCCAGAAGAUGAACCAACUUUCACUGGGCGAUGAUGCUGUUGGAAUUGGAAACCAUGCGAGUGGCGAUGAUGCGGUUGGGGAAACCAUACGAGUGACGAUGCUUUGGCUUCGAAAUGAUGGUGAAGAUGACCUGGAUUAAAGUUAUUCUAGAUUCAUUUUUUAUUUUGCACUAUUGGUCUUCACAGAGCCUGUAUGGUUGGGGGCCUUGUUUUGGCAAAGCUGUACUGAUAUAUCCCUACCCCAAGAAUCAGAAGCCUGCCAAAGUUUUGCGACUAUGUACCUCGUCUGCGCUUGUGUAUUGUGGUGCACUUGAAUGAUGCGAAUGUUAUAUCGAAUCCCCGUCCUUGAUCGUGAUGUUCUUGAA